AUGGCGUUCCAAAUUAUGAAAGUAGUAUUUCUGACAUUAUUGUUAACUCAGGCUAUUGCGAUACCAUAUAACACUUUCGAUGGUGAAGGUUUCCCAGCCUGCCAUAAUGUGUCUGCGAUCGUCCAGCCCUCAUCGGUUGACGAAAUGGUCGAUAUCGUCAAGUCUGCCGCAAGUUCCGACACCCCCCUCCGAGCGAGCGGUAAAAGUCACAUGUGGUAUGAUACAAUGUGUUCUGAUGACCCGUCGACUAUCAUAAUGCAAACUGAAGGUGUCCAUGGUAUAACCGACUUCGAUCUAGUCGGGGGUUCGGUGAUGAUCGAAGCCGGCGUUACGUUCUUUGAACUUGCCGACUAUUUGCAUGCGAAUGGUGCAUCGAUAGGUUAUGCGUUGGUGAACUGGAAUAUGACUAUUGCUGGAGCUAUUGCGAUGGGAGCACAUCGGUCGUCCUUAAGGGAAGCCUCCAUGGUUGCAGCUGGCGCUUUGGAAAUACACAUUAUUGAUGGAAGUGGAACUAUUCAAGAAAUUGUCAGGGAUGACAAUAAUGAUGAUUGGCUUGCUGCAUCAACAUCCUUGGGCUUGCUUGGUCCUAUUGCGAGGGUCAAAUUUCAGAUAUACCCAGACUUCAAAGUAUAUGCACAGCAAAAGACGCUUUCAGAAUCAGAUGUCUUGGAUGGAGACAUUUACGUAUUGAAAUAUCCGACCAACCUCGGGGAUCUUGCUAAGUUUCCUAAGUGGUGGCCGUAUACGCGAAAGUUCCAUCACCGUUAUUACGAUAUUGUGCCUACAAACACCAGUGGCCAAACAGGAUUUCAGUCCACCUUUUCCAUUACCAGCAUUGAGGCCAAUACUGCGUUGGGCCUUUUGAACAGUGGGAAGUAUCUGGCUACGUCCAAUAUGCUCGCGGAAAAUCUCUUUUUUGGGAUAUGGGAGGCUCCCAACUUCCACGACAAAACGACUGAUACGGCUAUCACCAAAUGGCCUGUCUACGGCUGGAAUUACGAUGUCCUCAUUGGGGGCUUGUACCCGGAUCAAUUACCAGAAUGGGAUUACCAUCUCGCUGCUUACACUCUUGAAUUGGCGAUUCCUGUGACGCUAGCAAAUGCAUUGUUGAAGAGGGUCAGGGCUCUUUUCGAUGCCGAGUUGGCUAAGGGUAUUGUUAUGACAGCUACAUAUAGGAGCGGGAUCAACAUCAAGUUCGGGAGACCGUAUAAUGAUCUUCUGGGACAGGUGCAUCCUGCUCCUGGAGCAGAUUGGAGCAAAGGGGCAAUUAUGUUUGAUUUCCCGGCUUUCAGACCGACAGUUGGGGAUAAUUUGAGAUUUAACGAGCCGUUCUAUCACAAUCUUGCGACAACAAUUAUUAACGAAUUUCCCUGUCGACCACAUUGGACUAAGAAUACUCGUGAUGUUUUGACACAAUCAGUGAAGAAUUUGGAGCCAGAUCACCUUGCGAGGUUCAAAGCGGUCCGAGAGAAAUUUGAUCCCAAGGGCAUUUUUAAGAGUAUCGUAGGGGAAAUUAUCGGUGUGAUGUAG